GCGGGCAACAGCAACGGUGGGGAGCUCACAGCUCCAUUGUUCAUCGACGACAACCAACUUCCUAGGUUGCCUUGAGACCAGACCAGAACACCUUGCUACCUGGUAGACACAAUACUUCCCCAGAUUCCAUCGACCCGCAAAGGCUCCGAUCGUAGCUCAGUGACCAAAAUAUUACCAUAAAAGUAGCUCCGCCAAAGAAAACGACAGAAACCUCGAAAGCCAUAGCUUUCCGGUCCUAUCACGAGUCACUUCACGACCACAGCACACACAAGCUACCGAUCGAACCUGAAUCGCAAACGGCUCCCUCGAGCAAGGCCCAAACCGCGCGGGGCGCUCGACCAUGGAUCACUGCGCGUCGGUCCUGCUGGCCUUCCCUACCGAAGAGGCUUCUACGGCCGAUAAUGAGAAGUACAAUAAGGCCGUCAAGGCGCACAUCUCCAACAUCAACUCUUUAUUCAAGGAGCGUAGCGCUGUGAUUGGAGACAAUGCCUACAAGUUAUUAGACCUGCUCAACCCGGCGAUAAACUCGUUAUCAUACCUCUAUCUACUUGCGGCUUUACUGCCGCAAGGUACGAAGAACGCCGAAUAUGACAAGGAAUUCGCAGAGCGUGUCAUUCUUUUCUUCCGGCGCUUCGACCCUCGGCAGAUCCGGUACAUGGGCGUUGCAUUUUCUGACCUCUUCUCCGCUACUGGUCGUCGCAAUGUUAUGCCACCAACCAUUGCCGUGCCAAUUUUGGCGGACGCCCUGCUUCGCCUCGAUCCCUCAGGUUCCGUACUCACAUCAAACCACAUAUUCCUGAUGAAGCUAGCGUACAACAGCAACUUUAUCGGGCCUGCACUUCGGGUUGCUGCCAAACGUAUUGUUCACUACCCGGGAAUGAUAAAUCCACCAGACCCCAAAUCCCUCAUUCUUUGUGAUCUUCGCCUCCCGCCCUCAUCCUACAUAUCUCAAGACACGGGCUUCACCACGAGGCUCACGGCGCUCCAGGUCCUUGAGUACGACUGGCUUGUCGGUCUGCUGUACUGCGCAGCCCGGGAUUGGCCGGCAGCACAGGCGGCUUUUGCUCGUACAGCUUCACACCCUUCCCGCGACUCGGGCGUGAGCAAGGUCAUGCUUGAGGCGUUCAAGAAGUGGGUGCUGGUCAGCCUGUUGGCAGAAGGCCGCAUCACCACACCCGGGGGAUUUGCACCAUACAUCAGUCAGGCCUCCGCCAGGACGUUUGGUAUCAUGGCCCGGCCAUAUGCGGCUGUUGCGAAGCGCUUCGAGUCGGCUGAUGCCGACGCUCUUCGACUCGCGGUUGAAGUUUCCUCCCAGCAGUUUGCCGAGGACGGCAACGAGGGUCUCGUAGCUGAGGUCCUCGAGUCGCACCAGAAGUGGCAGAUUGUGCGUCUCCGAGAAGUCUACUCAAAGGUCUCGCUAGCCGAGAUCAACGCGAAGACAAAGAGCGCCGUCACUGGAGCCCCAGUCGGCAGCGAGGAGGAUAUGACGCAACUUAUUGAAACCAUGAUCGACUCGGGAAUGCUGAGGGCUGCCAUCGAGCCGCCCCGAGCAACCGGCGGCGACGGCGCGACGACGCCUGCUUGCCUGGCGUUCCUGGCAGAGGAGGCCGACAUUACGGAGCAGGAGGUGGCUCAGCGGAUAGCACAGUCCGUCGAGCGCAUCAAGCAACUCGGCGCGGUCUACAAUGCUACUAAGGAGCGGCUGGCUACGAGCAGGGAGUACAUAAGGCACGCUGUCAAGGACCAGAAGCGCGAGAAGGACAACCGAGAGGGCGGCUUCGAGACGCAGAUCGAGGAUGAGGAUCUAAUGUCCGGCAUAGUAUCUGGGCAGUAGGAAAGCCUGUUCUUGAAUCCAAAAACGUGGCAUGCGGUUGCUCACAAGUAUCCAUGUGACAUUGUGUGGACUGAACCCAACGCCCCAGUUCCUGACGUGUGGCAUCACCCCGGCAUGCCAGCUUUUGCUUUGGGGUAUCAGUAAUACGAAAUGGGGGAGUUUGAUUUUUAUUUCUACACGGUGAGCAACGGAGUUAGGGGAUAGGGGAACGGGAACUUUGGACCAGACAGACAGCUCGUUUUCACUUUCCCCCCCCCCCCCCCCCGGUCGUACAGGAAUCCAUGACUUGGUUCGGGCGGUUACGAAAGGACGAGGCUGUAUGAAUGAGAAUGCGUCGGAUUGACUAUGCAUGGCGCUGGAGUAGCUAGAACCCCCAGACUACUUAGAAAUUUUAUGAAAGGGUUGUUUUGGGUCAGCUUGCUAGACAGUUAGUCGACAGCGCACUGCCAUGUUCAACUAGCACAGUUAAUGAUACAGCAUACAGAUAUCUACCCUGUACGUGAAUGGAUGAUACAGGGCAGUGCGAACGAUUUUAUGUGUGCCAGAUGAACUUUUAUAAUGAAAAGGGACUACUUGUCCAAUUGGCCCUUGAUUUCUGUUUAAAAAA